ACUAAUUAUCGAGCAACUGCCCGUCCAGAAGAACGAAUCGACCUGCUUGAAGUUCUCGCGACCUGUGCUUUCAAGCCGAUGAAUUUCAUCCUGCUAUUCUUCUACCAGUUCCUGAUUGAGCAUGGCCCAGAAGAAAAUCGCGGCCUAGUGGACCAGGAUCUCAUAUUUUAUAUUGAAGUUCUGCGAUAUCAGGUGGGCUGA